AUGAGCGGCGUGCGUGCUCACAUCGCCAGUCGGCUGCGCAGCUCCUCGCUCUCAGCAGUACCCCCACCACAGCAUAGUUCCAACUACUCCCCCGACCUGGCCAAAAUCGCGGCUUCCGUCCUCUACCGCUCGCCGCUUCCUUCGCACGAGGGAAGGCCUGUCUUCAUCCUCAACGCCGCCGCUCUCCCAGACUCGCACGAAGCAGACUACGACUCCCUGUUGCCUUAUGUUCUUGCGCGUCUACCGGAAGAAGACGAGUUACUCAAGGGGUUCGAGUACGAGGUCGUCUUCUUUGCAGGAGAUGGUGAUGGCUCCGUGACCAGCAAGAAGCACCGGCCUGGCUGGGGCUGGUUUCUACAGGCGUACCAUGUUCUGUCCAGGGCCAUGCGAAAGAGGCUACAAAGACUAUACAUUGUGCACGAGAAAGCUUGGGUGAGGAUACUGACCGAGAUCUUCUCUACCAUUGUCAGCCCCAAGUUCAGGAGAAAGAUCUACCAUCUAUCCAACUUGACUCAGCUUGCCCACGAAAUCCAGAUCCAAAACCUCUUGAUUCCUCCUUCGACCUAUCUUGCCGACCGCCGAGUGUCAGAGCACAUUUCUGCCUUCAAUGGCAGUGGGAAGCGAGCAUUCGGUGCCCGCACUCCCUUCCCUACAGCCACUAAUGGCAAGACACGCUUUCCCCGCGUCUUGCGAGAAACAACAAGCUUCGUGCUCAUGGAGCAGAACAUCACUUCCGAGGGUCUCUUCCGUGUACCCCCACAUUCGAGGCUGCGCGACGCGUUGAAGGAGGCAUAUGAUAGGGGCCAGAAAUACAUCAUCUGGAAGGACAACAACGCAACACUUCCCCUGCCGCCAUAUCCACAUGCAGAACACCAAGAUGAGAUAUUAGCUGAGGUGGUCCCAACCGACGCAUACUCGGUCUUUAUGGCAGCAGCUAUGAUCAAAGCAUGGUACGCAUCUCUGCGCCAGCCCAUCUUCCCAACAGACUCGUAUCGAGAUCUUAAGCGACUCUAUGGGGAUAGCCAAGAAAUCCUUGAACUCGAAAAGCUCACAGAUCUAUUCUCGCCAACCUCAGAGUGGUCUUUGUUACCUGGCAUAUCCCGCGAGAUCCUAUGUAGGCAUCUCCUGCCUCUCUUGAGUGCCAUAGCCGCACGUGAAGAGGAAAACAAAAUGACGGCCGAAAACUUGGCUGUUUGUUUCGCACCAGGAUUGCUAUGUGGUCCCGAUCAGCUAGAAGACGCUAAGAUGUCUUCCAUAAUUAGGAGAAUCUUUACGCAAGCAAUUGACAUGUGGACUGAAGGGCUAAGAGAAGCAUGUGGGCAGACUGAGGAAGCUUUUUACCAGGAGCUCAAGCUACCUGGAGACGAGAACGACUGGGAAGAUCCUGCAGAUGCGAAGCGAGAUUCUGCCGAUAGCAAAGGCUCACUGGAAGAUCAGAUGAGUGGUAUAACGCUACUUGACAACGAAAAGUUACCUACCUAUCACGAGCCACAACAGACACAGAGUGAGGAAUUGCCGCCUCCGUUACCACCACGGUCUCGCGCACCGUCAGCAAAAUCCUCUGCCGAUUCUGUUCAGCGAAAACCUGCACCGCCCCUUUCAGUGCCUCCUCGCUACUCUACUGUCAUAUCGGAUGCCCCUGAAAACGUCGCCGAAUCACCUGUGACCUACGCUGCGACCACUGAUGGCUUUGCUCCACCUCGAAAUGACGACAAUCGCAUCGGUCAGCCCCCCAAGGUACCACCACGAUGGAAUGGACAGUCGGAUGAGAAGAAGUCUGGUACGAGUAAUCCAGUUCCAGUCCUUCCCAUGUCAGCAUCUAUUGGCGCACAAGAAGAUGCUUCAUUUCCCCACGUUUCUACUACUGCUACUGUUGCGCCUAGACUCAACAUUCCUAAAAGGAAAACCCUGACUUCGACGCAGAUUGACAAUGUCUCCAAGGCCGUCGUCGCGCAGGAUGAAGCUCAUAGACAACCCAUGGGCGGCAUGGCGCUUCCUGGGCUUACAGGUAAUUACUACAGCAACUCUGCUGUAAAGCGAGGUCCGUCAUCAACAUACGCAUCAAGCGAAGGUGUAGCAUCGCCUCAAAUGACCUCUCCGCAAAGCGCAGUCUCGGCACCAGCGACAGAAUCUGCUUUUCGCCGCCCAAGCAUCCCCUUCUCUGCAACAAAAAUGAACCGCAGUCCUAGCAUCAACUCACUCGCUCGACCUGUUUACCCGGUAACCCCUCAAGUUCCUAUUAUAAGCGUGCCCACAAAGGCAAGCACCCUUCCCGUUCCGGCCGCGCCGCCUCGUCUACGCACUCCGAGCCCAAGCCUUAUGCAGCGCAUGCCCAGCUUCGAGAAUUUUGCCAAAGACCAAAACAAGGGUGGUGCGGAAGCUGAAGAUGAGGCUGCAAGAGGCAGAACACUGAAGCCUAAGAAAAUGAAUCUGAAAAAGCAAUCGGUUGAAGAUCUAAGGCGGUUGUAUGAGGAGCGUGCUGGGACUGCUAGUGUUCUUGUUCAAGCUGGAAAGCAGAAAGGUGUUUGA